CAACGGGGAGGGGGGGGGAAGAGGGCAGGGAAGGACUUGGGAGGCCGCCACCGCCCCAGAUUAAGCACCUGGGAGGCCUGACCUGCUCCGCUGGCGAAGAUUUGGUGACCGGGGAGUCGGGUGAGGCUCCUUUCGGAGAGAGGGGAGGUUGCUGAGGGAGGCGAGAAGUCCUGCCUGGAUUUGUACAGCGCCUUGCACGCCACAUCGAGGCCCUAUCUACCCAAAAGAUGAUGAGGUGUUUAUUUUAUAUAUAACAUAACAGAUGGCGGCGCAGUGUGUAACAAAGGUGGAACUAACUAUUUCCUGUAAUAAUCUCCUGGAUAAAGAUGUUGGUUCCAAGUCAGACCCACUGUGUGUGUUACUUCAGCACACAAGUGGACAGCAGUGGUAUGAGGUUGAUCGCACAGAAAGGAUCAAAAACAGUUUGGACCCCAAGUUUGCCAAGAGGUUCCUAAUUGAUUAUUAUUUUGAACUAGUCCAGAAACUCAAAUUUGGGAUUUUUGAUAUCGACAAUGCAACUGUUGAACUGAGUGAUGAUGACUUCUUAGGAGAAUUUGAAUGCACUCUGGGACAGAUUGUUUCCAGCAAGACACUCACCAGACCUCUUGUAAUGAAAAAUGGCAGACCGGCAGGAAAAGGAAAAAUUACAAUUACAGCGGAAGAAGUAAAAGAUAAUAGAGUUGUCAUUUUUGAAGUUGAAGCAAGGAAACUGGACAACAAAGACUUUUUUGGAAAAUCUGAUCCUUAUCUGGAGUUUCACAAGCAGACCUCUGAAGGAAACUGGUUGAUGGUGCACAGAACAGAAGUUAUUAAAAAUAACUUGAAUCCUGUCUGGAGGCCAUUUAAAAUCUCUCUCAACUCUUUGUGUUACGGUGAUAUGGACAAAACAAUCAAGGUUGAGUGUUAUGAUUAUGACAGCGACGGUUCCCAUGACUUGAUAGGCACCUUUCAAACCACAAUGUCAAAACUGAAGGAAGCAUCUCGACAGUCACCAGUUGAAUUUGAAUGCAUCAAUGAGAAGAAGAGGCAAAAGAAGAAAAGUUACAAAAAUUCUGGAAUUGUUAGCUUCAAGCACUGUGAGAUGAUCACAGAAUGUACUUUCUUGGACUACAUCAUGGGAGGGUGCCAACUGAAUUUUACUGUUGCCAUUGACUUUACUGGCUCUAAUGGAGAUCCUCGUUCUCCAGACUCCCUACAUUAUAUCAGUCCUAAUGGAGUGAAUGAAUACCUGACUGCAAUUUGGUCAGUGGGGAUGGUUGUUCAGGAUUAUGAUACAGACAAAAUGUUCCCUGCUCUUGGGUUUGGUGCUCAGAUUCCCCCUGCAUGGCAGGUAUCACAUGAGUUUCCAUUAAACUUUAACCCAUCAGAUCCAUUUUGCAGUGGAAUCCAAGGUAUUGUGGAUGCCUACCGGGCCUGCCUCCCACAAGUGAGAUUGUACGGGCCAACCAACUUUUCCCCAAUAAUAAAUCAUGUGGCUCGGUUUGCUGCUGCAGCUACACAGCAAAGAACAGCCUCUCAAUAUUUUGUGCUCUUGAUCAUCACCGAUGGUGUGAUCACUGACCUUGAUGAGACCAGAUCUGCCAUUGUUAACGCAGCCAAGCUCCCCAUGUCAAUCAUAAUUGUCGGUGUUGGAGGGGCUGAUUUCAGUGCCAUGGAGUUUCUUGACAGUGACAACGGUGCUCUGAGAUCUCGCUCAGGAGAGGCUGCUGUAAGAGAUAUUGUUCAGUUUGUGCCAUUUAGACAAUUCCACAAUGCUCCCAAAGAAGCUCUAGCGCAAAGCGUCCUGGCAGAAGUGCCUCAGCAAGUGGUGAACUACUUCAGCAUGUACAAGCUCCAGCCUCCGAACAAUCCUGCUGCAAAGCGAGAUGGGAGCUGAGCAGGAGACACACAGAUCAGUAUCCCAGACACCUGUCUCAGUGCUGUCGAAUAACCGUGACAGAGCAGACACUCUCCUACAUUUGUUCAUUUCUAUUCAGUAUUGCCAAAGAUGCCAUUAUGUUUACCAGUCCAUUGCUGGACAUUUUUUUAAAAAAAAUUAUAACAUGAGAGUCAUGAAUGAUAUGUGUCUUCAGGAGGAGCAGAGCAACUGCUUUCUUUCUUACUCUCCAUUUCUUUGGCUCCUUCACAUGAUAUACACGACAAAGCACAGCGACUUCCCAGCAGUGAUAAAGCAAGGCUUUGCACAGGUUUGGAAUGGCUUUGCAAUACUUAUGUUGUGGCCAUUUUAACCUGUACCUUAAGAGAACCUUGGUUGUUCAGAGCUUGCGUAAGCUUAGCAUAAGCCAUAUAAAAUGUCUAGUCUCCCCUUAAGGAGAAAGUGUAAAGCUUUAAAACUUUCCUUCAUUGUGUCCCAGUGACCUUUUUUUAAAAUUCUUCUGAGCCAUUAUUACCUUUGUGAAAUAAUUGACAAAUGAGUAUAAUACGGAGGCGGGAGUUGCAGUGUACUCAGAAAUACAGAUAAAUCAUAUCUAUGUAUAAGCAUAAUUCGUUUAUAGAACAUUAUACAACAUUGUCCCCAGGUGAUAACCUUUUUGCUGCACAUGUACAUUUUUGCUUCAACUGCACUGAAUUUACUGAAAGUUAAGUAGGAUUUUUCCACAUAUGGCAUGUUGCGAAAAUAGGUUCGGAAUCUGAGUGUGCAAAAUGAUAGCAUGUGACUUGUGGACCAUGAAACACACUCUCUCACUCUGUCUCACUCACACACACAAGUAGAUAUUUCCAUUAUGUAAGUAGACAGAAAUGGGCCUGUGUGCUUCUGAAUCUGUAUUGUCUGCACCCUUGAAAAAUUAUACUGUAUUGGUUUAGGACUUUUCUGCCAUUUCUCUUCAAUUGUGCACAAUUGUACUGGAUUACAUUACUAUAGCUACAAGAAUUAUUUUCUCUUUUUUGAAACCAGUUCUUUGUUUUGGUCUUUGAAGGUCAUUUCCCCCAUGUUCUUUCUCCUGCUUGUUUAUUGAGUGCAAGGAAGCAUUUACCCCACUCUACAUUUCCUCAUCUUAAAUGCAUAUUUAUAGAUAGCUCAUGUAAAGGUUUUCUUAAAAAAUCCGGUUGGGAUCCCAACUAAUUUGUCUGCUAACAGCAGACACUUCUUUCUGUUGAAUGGAUCUACCACACCUCAUUUGUUCACUGUAGCUCAUUGAUCGCCUCGAAAUCCUGUUCCUGGGAGACACUCAAGGACAUCAUAAUGGGCAAAUGGGUGGAGUCUGUGGUGUGAGAAAGAAAAAUUGGCAAAACCCCUCCGCCCUCACGCAUAGCUGAGUAGGUCCAGACCGUCAUCUUGUGUCAAAAUUAUGUCAGUAAUUUUAUGUCGGUAAAAACGUCCAUGUUUUUAUGUGUAUUCUGAUGCUGUAAAUUGAAAGUGAUUGAACAGAGCUAAACUUGUCUGUAAACUGUGUCAUAAAAUAAAUCAUGUGAACUUGAUAUCUGUGUCAGUAAAGCAGGAUCUAGGACAUGUAUCUUUGUCUUCAUAGUCUGGAACUACUAACUUCGUUGUCUUUUUAACCUUAAUAUCAUGCUAAAAUAUCAGCAUGUUGGUUAUUUGUGUAUAGAUAGAACCUAUGGACAUAUUUACAAAUGUCCACUAGGUGCUAGCUAUCAUAUGUGCUAUGCCUUUCUCAUUCUGGAAUUGUGCAGAGUUCAUCAUUGACUUCUAUACAUAUUGCAAUUUGUCCAUUGUGAAUAAUCUAAAAUAGAAUCGCUUAAUAAAACAGUAUUCCUAAAAGGCGAGGCGCAGGGGAGGCACACUUUCUGAAAUACUAAGAGGAACAAUAUCAAAAUUUGUAUUUUCUUCAUCUCAACAGCAUUACAUUGUUGAUGGCACAUUAGCACCACCUUGUGGUAGAAUGCAAUUACUGGUAUUUUGUACUAAGAAGGAAAUGGAUUUUUGUUUGUUUGAUAUUUUCUAACAAAAUGUUGCUUUUUAUUGGUGGAGGGAAUCAUAUGAUUUGGUAUUUGUAUUAUAAUAUUUUAUAUGUUAGACUUUUCUUUAUAUUCAAAGUUAACUUCAAGUGAGACUAUUUCUGGUGCCAUACAACACAAAUUUAUUAAACUUACAUCUCUUUA